CCGAUAGAUGCGAAUAAUAAUAAAAAUGCCAAAAUAAAACCUAACCGAACUCGAAUUGGAGAUUUCCAGAUAAUUAUUACAUCCGACAAUUCCAGUCCUCUCUCUCUUUCUGUCUCUCUGUCCUCAAGAACCCUAAAUAGUUUCCCAGUUUCUUCGUAUUCAACGAUCUGAGUCUCUCCCUCUCUCUUAAACUAUAAUCUUCCGACAUGGUUUAGAGUCUCUGAUAUUAAUGGAAGCUGACGUGUCAAUCGUCUGAAAAAAAAUCCCUUAUCGCGAUCAAAUUUUUUUCCACCGUUUGUUUCAAUCUGUGAAAGGAAGGAAGAUGAUGAAUCGUGCUCUGCUCCUCCUCUUCCUACUCUUCUUCCACGUCAUCACCCUCUCUUCUUUAUCCUCAGCCAAACUCAUUCUCAUCAGGAACAACAUCACUCGCUCUUUCGAUGACAUCGAAGCUAACUUCGCUCCUUCUGUUAAAGCUGCUGGUGAAAUUGGAUUGCUUUACGUGGCUGAGCCUCUUGACGCUUGCUCUAACUUGACGAACAAGCCAGAAGAACAGAGCUUGAAUGAUACUUCGAGCCCUUUUGUGUUGAUCGUUAGAGGAGGUUGUAGUUUUGAAGAUAAAGUCAGAAAAGCUCAAAAAGCUGGUUUCAAAGCUGCUAUUAUACAUGACAAUGAAGACCGUGGAAUCUUGAUAGCAAUGGCAGGUAACUCGGGAGGGAUCAAGAUUCAUGCGGUUUUUGUAACUAAAGAGACAGGAGAUGUUUUAAAAGAGUUUGCUGGUUUGUCUGAUACGAAAGUAUGGUUGCUUCCUAGCUUCGAGAACUCUGCUUGCUCCAUCAUGGCGGUUUCAUUCAUCUCUUUACUCGCAAUGUCUGCUGUUCUCGCCACUUGUUUCUUUGUCCGUAGGCAUAGGAUAAGAAGGAGAACUUCUCGGUCCUCUAGAGUCAGAGAGUUUCAUGGUAUGAGUCGUCGCUUGGUUAAAGCAAUGCCGAGUCUUAUCUUCAGUUCUGUGCACGAAGACAACACUACUGCUUUCACUUGUGCUAUCUGUCUAGAAGACUACAACGUUGGAGAGAAGCUAAGGCUCUUACCUUGUCGUCACAAGUUUCACGCGGUGUGUGUUGACUCGUGGCUAACCUCAUGGAGAACGUUCUGUCCUGUAUGCAAACGCGACGCAAGAACCAGCAACGGAGAGCCACCAGCUUCAGAGAGCACACCGUUACUCUCCUCCGCCGCGUCUUCUUUCCGCUCUUCCUCUGCUCUCUCUUCAUUCAGAUCAUCAGCAAUGUUGAUUGGUCCUUCCAUGGGAUCAUUACCAACUUCAAUCUCGUUCUCUCCAGCACACGCGAGCUCUUCUUACAUCAGACAGUCUUUCAGGUCUUCCUCUCUCAGAAGAUCUCCUCCAAUACACAUGAGUAGAAGCUCAAUGGAUCUUAGACACCAAGGAGCUUCUCCAUCUCCGUCGCAGAGAUCUUAUAUGGCUUCUCCACAGUCGUUUAAUUACCCGACUUUGUCACCUCUCAACGCUAGGUACAUGUCACCGUAUAGGCCUAGUCCUAUCAAUGCUUCACCUGGAUUAAUCGGGUCGUCAUCGAAUCAUCCGUUGAAUCCUCUGCGUUACAGUGAAUCAGCAGGGACUUUCUCUCCUUAUGCUUCUGCAAACUCUCUGCCAGACUGUUGAAAAAAGUUCAUUGAAUCAGUUGGUAUGGUUCAAUGGACACAUGAGAUUUUAUUUUAUUUUUUUUUUGCAUUUGAGUUUUAACUAAAGAGAGACACUGUGUGUGUUUGUGUAUGUGUGUGUGUACACUGAUGAUAUGCUUUUAUAGUCUUUUGGUUGAGAUGAACAAUCUUUCGGUUUUAGGUUACACAAACUUGGUUCCAUUGUAGAAAUAUGAGCUUUAUGUAUAUAUGAUACACCUCUCUCAUUGUUGUUUUGUUUCAAAGUAGGGUUUUUAACGGUGAAGUGGUUUAACA